CCAACGAUGGACAUUGCGGUUGUCUUACUCUACGCACAUUUGAGUAACAAAUUGAGAGAAGUGAUGCCCGUCUCGCAACCAGUGCGUGCUAAGAGUUUGUUACGCGCAAACUUGGAGAAGCCCCGCAGUAGUGGCUACCUACAAAGCAGAAUGCCGAAUAUUAAAGUUUUUAGCGGGACAUCGCAUCCGGAUCUCGCACAGCGAAUUGUAGAUAGACUUGGCAUUGAUAUCGGCAAGGUUGUCACCAAAAAAUUCAGCAAUCUGGAAACUUGUGUAGAAAUUGGAGAGUCAGUUCGCGGAGAAGAUGUCUAUAUUGUGCAAAGUGGUAGUGGUGAAGUUAAUGAUAAUCUGAUGGAAUUGCUGAUUAUGAUCAAUGCCUGUAAAAUUGCAUCUGCUUCUCGUGUAACAGCUGUAAUUCCUUGUUUUCCAUAUGCCCGUCAGGAUAAAAAGGAUAAGGGAGGUGAUGGUGGGGACAAGUCAGAUUUAUCUAAGAGUCAAUUUGUCAUGAAGUCGAACGAAUGGAAAUUCAGGAGUCGCGCACCCAUAUCGGCUAAGUUGGUAGCAAACAUGUUAUCGGUUGCCGGGGCUGAUCAUAUUAUCACCAUGGAUUUACAUGCUAGUCAAAUACAGGGUUUUUUCGAUAUACCUGUGGACAAUCUGUUUGCCGAACCGGCCGUCCUUAAAUGGAUUAAGGAGAAUAUUCCCGAAUGGAGAAAUAGCACUAUUGUAUCUCCGGACGCUGGUGGUGCGAAAAGAGUAACAUCAAUAGCAGAUCGGUUAAAUGUAGAUUUUGCCCUUAUACAUAAGGAGAGGAAGAAAGCAAAUGAAGUGGCUAGUAUGGUACUUGUAGGCGAUGUUAAAGAUCGAGUUGCAAUCCUUGUUGACGACAUGGCCGAUACUUGUGGUACAAUUUGCCAUGCCGCGGAUAAGCUAGUCGAGGCUGGCGCUAUAAAAGUUUAUGCAAUCUUGACUCAUGGUAUCUUUAGUGGUCCUGCUAUCGCUCGAAUUAAUAAUGCAUGUUUUGAAGCAGUUGUCGUUACUAAUACCAUUCCUCAAGAUGCACACAUGAAGGACUGUUCAAAAAUUCAGUGCAUUGAUGUCUCAAUGAUGUUUGCUGAAGCAGUUAGGAGAACUCACAAUGGAGAAUCUGUGUCAUAUUUAUUUUCAAAUGUACCAUAUUAA